GGGCCGGGUAUGGGCGUGGGCUCAUAAUUGGUUCGAGGGGCUGAGCCACCGAGUACCGAGAUCGUGUUAGCCUCGCGCCUGCACACGACAUGUUUCUCGCGAGCUUCGAGUUUCAAUGCCGUGUGCCGACGACGCGGAAAGGCGGCGUUUUGGUUUGGAGGGGAGGGGGAAGUGAGGUCACCUGUGUCACAUUAAUUUAUACUUUACUUGACCUACCUAAAUCGGAAACACUGCUACUGUAAGAUCCCUCUUUAGAUUUUCGUCUCGUUGUUCGCAUCUCCAAAUUCACGCGAUGGACCUGUUCGAAGGAAGCUUCGAGCUCAGGGAGAUUCAGAAGCUCGAGGGCCACUCCGACAGAGUGUGGAGUCUCGCAUGGAGUCCCGCCACCAGCGUCGCCGGAGUUCCCUCUAUGCUCGCUUCUUGCAGCGGCGACAAGACCGUACGCAUCUGGCGGCACAAUUCUUCCACUUCCUCCUGGGACUGCACGGCAGUUUUGGACGAGACGCACACUCGUACUGUUCGAUCAUGUGCGUGGUCGCCGUCGGGGAAUUUACUGGCCACUGCGAGCUUCGAUGCCACCACUGCUAUUUGGGAACACCUUGGGGAUGAUUUUGGAUGUGUGUCGACGUUAGAGGGACAUGAAAAUGAGGUCAAAAGUGUGGCCUGGAAUGCAUCAGGCUCCUUGCUUGCAACUUGUGGGAGAGAUAAAUCUGUUUGGAUUUGGGAAGUACAGCCAGGGAACGAGUUUGAGUGUGUUUCUGUUUUGCAAGGACACACUCAGGAUGUGAAAAUGGUUCAGUGGCAUCCAUUUAUGGAUGUUUUGUUUUCUUGUAGCUACGACAACACUGUUAAGGUUUGGGCAGAGGAUGGCGACAGUGAUGAUUGGCACUGUGUUCAAACUUUAGGUGAAUCUAACAAUGGACAUUCCUCUACUGUUUGGGCUCUUUCUUUUAAUGCGAAAGGAGAAAAAAUGGUUACUUGUAGUGAUGAUCUUACCAUAAAGAUAUGGGAAAUGGACAACAUAAAUUCGCAAUCUGGUGAUGGCUAUACAACUUGGAAACAUCUUUGCACACUGUCAGGUUAUCACGAUCGAACAAUUUUUUCAGUUCAUUGGUCAAGCGACGGCAUAAUUGCUACUGGAGCAGCUGAUGAUGCUAUACGAUUUUUCAUUGAGAACAAAGAUGGCUUGGUUGAUGGACCUCUUUUUAAAUUACUACUGAAGAAGGAAAAGGCCCAUGACAUGGAUGUAAAUAUGGUGCAAUGGAGCACUGGGGUAAGUCAUAUUCUGGAAAUGGAGGAGAUUUCAUGGUUGGACCUCAUUGAGUGGACUUUAGUUUCUCUCGCCAUGCAUGAUUCAAAUGCAAUGGGUGGAGUUGGCUUAAUUGACAGUGCUAGUUUUUAUCUGAAAGUUUAGUUCAAUGUCAAUUGAAAGCAUAACUAGGAUAGCUUAGGGUUUGUUUAGCUGUGGAGACAUUUUUCAUUUUUUUGUUUUUAAUUUUUCAAAGAAUUACAAAAAAGUUAGCUAAUUUUUCAGUUUUACAAAAUUUGUAUUAAAAAAACAGUAAAAUGUUUUGGCACUAUUUGUUUGUGAAAAUAGUUUUAUUUUUCAUUUUUAAUUUUUCAAAUAAUUACAAAAAUCCCACAUUGUUUUCCAAUUUUCUAAAUUUAAAUAGGAAAGUUUUAAAAUAUAUUUUUAUUGUUUUCUAGAUUUUUGAUUUCUUACCUUGCAUUUGGGAGAUUCGAAUCUUAGAUUUUUGGAUUUGUGAGGAUUUAAACAAAGUAUAGCAUAGAAUUGUGUUGAGUUUCUUUCAAAUCCAUAUAAUCCACAUCCAAGUCUCAAACACUAUCUUAUAUAGUUUUUGGAAAAUUGAAAAGCAAUUUUUUUUUUACUAAUUAAAAAUUUAGAAAUAAAAAAUACAAAAAUUGUUUUCCAUAACUAAACUAAAGCAAAAAAAAAAAAGUUGAAUCUUUAACUAAAAAAUAAGCAGAAAUUUCCACAAUUUUCUUUGGAAAACUAAAAAAGGGAAAUAGAAACUGUUUUCCAUAACUAAACAGACCCUCAUUUUUUAAAAUUCUAUUUUUAAAUUAUGAAAACAUAAUGCCUUUGGACAUCUGGCAUGCCUAUUGGAUACUUGAUGAGACUGUUGCAGGUGGUUCCUACCUAUUUGGGCCAUUCAGAUUGGCACCUUGGUUCAGUUGUGAUACAAAUUCCCCAUACCCUCCUCCAUAAGAAGGGAGUAUGGGGUUCUGCAUCUGCUCGCUAGGAGUGUCUCUCUCUUUUGUUUUUUUUAAAUAAUACAAUAUUUCAUUUCUUUUAGCAGCAGUGCAUUUUGAGGGCUUCAAAGCUGUUGUUUCUAGUUUGAAAAAUUGCGGGUUAGCCACGUUUAGAAAUUUGGAGAUUGAGUAAAUCUAGAAAUGGAAAUGUGCAGUCCAUUACGUGACUCAUCGAUGUAGGCAAGGACUGCAUCCCCUCCCCCCCCCCCCCCCCCUUUCUUAGCAGAGGGAGUCUCUGCCCCUCCAAGGUUGAGGGUAGAUGAGUUCAGCAAUUAAUUUUCAGAAUGAGACCCUCUUAAAUGUCCACAGAUUUCCAUUCCUUGGAGCUUGACAUGCAUUGCAUUGUGCGCUUGUGGAUUGACUGUGGGUACUCUUGGUGAAUAUAUUUUAACAUCAUCGUUUUUAUGUUUUUGUUGUAACAAUACCAGGAGAAGCCGCUACUUGCUUCUGCUAGUGAUGAUGGAACAAUAAAGAUAUGGGAGCUGGCAUCUGUACCCUGAUCCAUAUAAUCCUGGAUUUUUUUAAUAAUGAUUUCAAAAUUUCUUCAGGGCCAGUUGUGAUUCUGUGUAUUAUUUUAAAAUGUUGUAACAAUGCUCGUCCAUUUACUUUUGAAUCUUGGAAAAUUAAGGAACUUGUAUUUUUAUCAAGGAAAUGUGGUUUUAGUCAUUAUGUCAACAUAACUAUUGAAUGAAA